AUGUCUGAUUUAACAAGGUCUUUAACCAAAGUGAAGUCCAAAUUAAGCUCAAGAUUCAAGAAUACCGCCAAUGGAAAUGAUGAAUCAAAUUGUAAUGAAUCACAAGAAGAUCAACUAUUAGCUAUGAAAUAUGAUGAUUUUGAGAAACAAGUGGAUAAUAAUCCAAGUCAAGAAAUGAGAACUUCCAAAUCAUUCACAAGUCUGAAUAAUAUCGUUGAAGUGGAAGAAAGUGAACCAAAUCAAGUUGAUGACAAGUUAUUGCCGCCAGUAACUCUUGAUCCAAAUACUCAACCAUUAUCACCAUCAUCUACAUCAAUAAACCAAAUGAGUAUAUCAAAUUCAUCACCAGUGAAAACUUCAUCGUUACAAGAGAAGGAAUUUUCAUUUUUACAACAACAACAAAAUUCAUCAAAUCCAACUUCACCAAUAAAUUCAAACAUGCUUAGAAAUAGACAUGAUUCAAUAAUAGAUCCAUUAAACACUGGACUAAUCAAUGAAAAAUUGAAUUCACAAAUCCUAUCACCUCAACCUUCUUCAAUUUCAACAACAACAAUCUCCUCAUUAAAUAAUACCAGAAGAAAAUCUUCAAAUAUUUCAAAUGCUUCAUUAGUACAACAACCAAUAACGCCAACUAAUGAGGUUUCCAUUAACCAAUUUCAAUUACAACAAGAAAAUUUAGAAUUUGCAGAUGCAAUGGCCCUAAGUAUAUUAGAUAAAGUCGAUGAGAAUAUUAAGAUUGAACAAGAAAAUCAAAAUUGUUCAAAUAUUGAUGAAUGGACAAUAUGA